UAGCGUUGCAGAAAGCAUUAACACUCCCGGGAAUUAUUUUCGAACCACAUGUGGAACACUCCCGGAGCGGAGGAUGGCAGCUUACGCAGGGAAAAGUAUCCGAAUCACAACAAAUGACGGUAUUUACAGUGGAGUUGUGCACUCGUUGGAUGUCAGCUGCAGUAAGAUUACGUUAACGAAAGUUGAGUGCAGUGUCGGUGAAGACAAGAAGCAGCUAAAAGGCCUGCAUCACUUCUACGGGCCUGAAAUGGAGCAUUUGGAGAUUCUGGAGGAGCAACUGGAAGAGAAGAUGGACAAAAAUAACACAGAAGAUGGUGGCCCGCCCCUCGUGACCAAAAAGGAAAAUCCCAAGCACCUUCAGCAGCUGAGAGACCACAGCGGUGGGACAGACAGGGCCGGGGGAGGGGGGUACGUGUCAGAUGGGAUAGUGGACAUCAUGAAGUCUAACCUGAGGAGGAGGGACAACAGGAGGAGGCAGAACAGUGGGAGAGGGAAGAAAUCUGUCAGAUUUUGCCAUGACAUCGAUGACCCCUCUGGUACUGGCAGAAAUCACACAGUGGUGGACACACAUGGUGAUCUGUACAACCAGGCUGUUGACCACAUCAGACAGCAGUCUAUCAUUGGACUGGCCAUGCAAGGCAUCAACAUUGGCAGGAAGGGCAAGAUAUGCUGGGUCCAGGUGGCAACAAGGAACAACAUUUUCUUGUUUGAUGUUCUGACAUUGGGAGCUCUGUGUUUCGACGCAGGCUUGGGACAGGUCAUUCAGGAUGAAAACAUCUUAAAGGUGAUGCAUGACUGUAGGAACGUGUCUGAUGCCCUGUGGCACCAGUAUGGACUCCAUGUGGUCAACGUCUUUGACACCCAGGUCGCAGAUGUCAUGGUUUCCCGGAUGAACCACCAAGGAGGAGAGUUCCCGCGUUACGUGAGCGGGCUAACGGCCUGCCUGAUGGAACACCUAACCCUGAACCCGGAGGAGUUACAUUUCCACAGGGUGCGCCUGGACCACAAAGAUGAGGACCAGGCCAUCUGGGCAGAGCGCCCCCUACCAGAUCACCUGCUUGAUGCAGCAGCCAAGGACGUGAUGUACCUGCGGGACCUGCGUGUCGCGCUGAUGGACAAGCUCAUGUCGGAGUUCGUCAUGGGGGUGGACGUGUACCUGUCUGUUCGCAGGGACUCCAGCGACAAGGACGCCCUCAAAAUGGACACCAUGGGCCACCUGUUACCAGGGAGGUUCCAGGAAGUGGUAGAACAGGCAGCCAGGAAGAGGCGUCAGCACGUGGAGCCCCUGGACCAGAACGGCUUCCGUGAGAACUGUGGUGGCGUGGUGAGCGGAAACACCAACUGGAGCCGGGAUGUAGGGCACGGUGGGGAGAGGCUGGCCAAGGGUGUUGGGGACAACACAUCCAAGGAGCCAGUGCCUGCUGUGAAGCAAGGCAGCAUCCCACUUGUGUCAGAACACAAGGGUAAAGUCCAUGUUGCAGACCAACCAUCUACUGAUACUACACCAAAGUCCGUCACCAGUUCACGGGCUCACCCUGAGGAUGAUGGAACACACGGGUGGCAACAAGGCCAGACAACAUCACCCAGGAACACACUAACUCUGACCCCAGCUGGCCUGGAGACAGCUAGACAUUUAAACAAGCUCUCGAAGAAACUUCUCAUGACUGAGAGACAGGAUGCUAAGGUGGCUGAAGGUCCAGUUGGUACCUCUGAACACCUUACAGAGUCUUCUGAGGACAUGCCAGAGUUAUGGGCCAUUCCUCCAUCAAAAAGCAGCACCAAAAAAGAGAAGUGUUGGAUGCCACUCACAGUAGAGCUACCGACUGAUUCAGAGCGUUCCUCCCAGCUGAAUGAUGGAACAAAAAGUGAUGGUUCGCUGAAAAAUCCUUACGCAAGCUCCAAUGGUAAGGUGUACAAUAUGAAGGGAGAUGAAGUAGGGAGAAGCCAGGAACCACCACAGCAGCCUUUCUUCUGCAUGCCUAAGGUUGGAGGCUUAAGCACAGAGGCAGCCAAAACUGAUGCAGAAGGAGCCAGUAGCACAGCAUCACCACAGCAAGCAAUGAAGAAGUUUACCGACUUUUCCUUAUCAGAAAUCUCGCAACAGGAUCCCAGAGCACAUCCCCUGAAAGCCUCUGGAGGGAGGCUGGUGAAGAAUCCAAACUACCUCCAUGGCUGGGAUCGUGCAACUGUCAUCGAAAACAAGGGGAAGCCAUCAGGUCCGGACGUGGUGCAGUAUUCUUCUCACAGCAGUGACGAAGACCUACCACGUUCCUCCUCAUCUAAUUCCCAACCCUCUUCUAGCCACAGCAGUUCUGCUACAAGUUCCCCCACGAAGAACAGUGCCAAUGGUGAUGUUCACAAGAUGCGUGGUGUGCAAUCCAGCUCCCCUUCCUUUUCCAUAGGUAGAGGUGCAUUGCGUUUGAAUGCACUGAAAUCGUUAGCUAAUUCAUCCACCCAGGACAAUAAGUUUAUUAUGCCCAAAUCUGGAGGUGCUCAACAAAGAGACAAGAACAAUGGAUCUGUGAAGCCAACAAGUAAAGCUUGCCCUGAAGCAGCCCAGGCUGCAAACAUGGUCGGCAUUGGUCCACCUUCUACUACAAACCAGGAUGUCUGGAAGCCAGGCAUUGGUCGAGCCAGCGUGCUGACGUUGCGCUCAGACAUGUACUCUGAGUUGGCGUUGCCUGAGGAGCUACAGAAGGACCAACAGAACAGUCUGAGAUCGAACGUCAGCAAGUACCCGUUUCCCUCGGACUGUGAGGUCAGGAGCAUUCCCAAGCCACAGCGCGGCUUUCUCAGGAACUGGUGAAGAAGUCAUCAUGGAUUCACCAAUGUUAUAGAACUUCUCUAGAUGUUUAGUCUCUUCCAGACCUUUCUGUUAAGUGAAAAAGUGUUAUACUAUAGAAAUGGACUUCAUGAAGGGUGGUAUUUGGCCAAGUUGAUUGUUCUCCCAAUCCAAGGCAAGCUUAGUCCCCUAACCAAUUAUUCCUAUUUUGUAGCCAAUUUCCACAACCUUUUCAACUCAAUAGGAAGGUCUGGUACAGAAUAUAGAUAUUGUUCUUGUUAUGGUUUGUUUGAACUUUUCUUUAUCCAUACGUUUUUGUUAGUUCGUAUUGUACAUCCAUUAAGGCCACAGCAAGUAGAUUUUAUAACGUCUGCGCUUAUUGAUUUUCACUUGAAAAAAAAAAGCAAGAUUUUUUUUCUUCUUUGAGAUGGUCAAUAUGACGAGAAAGUACAAAAAUAUAAAAAUUAGUCAUGAUAUAGCCUAACGAUUGUACUUGUAGAAGUGACACACUAGUGAGGUAGCCAUGACUGUAGUUGUAGAAGGGAAACUAGU